AUGUCGAUGAGCAACAGCGAGAGCUUCGUAGAGCCAGACUCUCCCGACGACAUCGAUUCAUUACCGUCCUCCGCAACGAGCUCCGAAGCCGACGAAGAAGAGUACAUGUCGGAUGCAGACCGGGAAUGGAAAGAGUCGUUGCAACAACUGGAGCUGUUGUUGACCAUGGUCAUGGUGCCAUAUCUGGGCAAAUACUUUGGCAGAAAGGCUGCUUACUGGGGAUGGGCCAAAUUCAUGGAAUGGAAGUACCCUGUCGAAGUCGUCUUCUCGAGUCCCAAGACAUUCAAGCUUGCUGGAGCUGUUGAGGCAGCAGCGACGUUAUGA